GCUCCUGCAGCAACUCAUCUGUCCAAAGGGGGGCGGCAGCAUCCUAGUCACUCACUCCCUGAAGAUGUGUAGGUGGGAGGAGAGAUUCGCGUUCAAAAUCUUGACUCUACCCACACUCCGUAGCGCCUUAGCCCGCUCGAGUUUCAAUGCGCGUUGUUGCUGGACGAAGCUGAGUCUUACACAUCGCCCGCUGCUCUCCUGAUCAUGGCUUCUCCGAGUUCCUUCACCUACUAUUGCCCUCCAUCUUCCUCCCCUGUCUGGUCAGAACCGCUGUACAGUCUGAGGCCGGAACACGCGCGGGAGCGGUUGCAGGACGACUCGGUGGAAACAGUCACGUCCAUUGAACAGGCCAAAGUAGAAGAAAAGAUCCAGGAAGUCUUCAGUUCUUAUAAGUUCAACCACCUUGUACCAAGGCUUAUUUUGCAGAGAGAGAAGCACUUCCAUUAUCUGAAAAGAGGCCUUCGACAACUGACAGAUGCCUAUGAGUGUCUGGAUGCCAGCCGCCCAUGGCUCUGCUACUGGAUCCUGCACAGCUUGGAACUACUAGAUGAACCUAUCCCCCAGAUAGUUGCUACAGAUGUGUGUCAGUUCCUGGAGCUGUGUCAAAGCCCAGAAGGUGGUUUUGGAGGAGGCCCUGGGCAGUACCCACACCUCGCACCUACCUAUGCAGCUGUCAAUGCACUAUGCAUCAUUGGCACCGAGGAGGCCUACGAUGUCAUUAACAGAGAGAAGCUUCUUCAGUAUCUGUACUCACUAAAGCAACCUGAUGGCUCUUUUCUCAUGCACGUUGGAGGUGAGGUAGAUGUAAGAAGUGCAUACUGCGCUGCCUCGGUGGCCUCUCUGACCAACAUCAUCACUCCAGACCUCUUUGAAGGCACUGCGGAAUGGAUAGCAAGGUGUCAGAACUGGGAAGGUGGCAUUGGCGGGGUGCCAGGGAUGGAAGCCCAUGGUGGCUACACAUUCUGUGGCCUGGCUGCACUGGUAAUCCUCAAGAAGGAAUGCUCUCUGAACCUGAAGAGCUUGUUACAAUGGGUGACAAGCCGGCAGAUGCGGUUUGAGGGUGGAUUUCAGGGCCGCUGCAACAAGCUGGUGGACGGCUGCUACUCCUUCUGGCAGGCAGGGCUUCUACCCCUGCUACACCGCGCACUGCAUGCACAAGGUGACCCAGCCCUCAGCAUGAGCCACUGGAUGUUCCAUCAGCAGGCCCUGCAGGAGUACAUCCUCAUGUGCUGCCAGUGCCCUGCCGGUGGCCUUCUGGACAAGCCUGGCAAGUCACGUGACUUCUACCACACCUGCUACUGCCUCAGUGGCCUAUCCAUUGCCCAGCACUUUGGCAGCGGAGCCAUGUUGCAUGAUGUGGUCCUGGGCAUGCCAGAAAAUGCUCUGCAGCCUACCCACCCUGUGUACAAUAUUGGACCGGACAAGGUGAUACAGGCCACCACAUACUUUCUACAGAAGCCAGUCCCAGGCUUUGAGGAGUAUGAGGAAAAGACAGCAGAGCCUGCCACUGACUAGAGGACCUGCGUCCCUGUGCCACCAGCUCCCCAGUCAGACAGAGUUUCUGCGUUUCGGUACCUAGUGCAUUCUGCGCUGCACCAGCCUUAGCUACCAUGGAGCCAUGUGUGGUUCUCUUUGUCCUUUCUUGUCAAAACAAAACCAGUGGCUCUGAGUUUGGAGUACACAGUGGCGUGGUUUUUAAAAUUCUUUUCACAUCUGUCAAACCAAAACUCUGUCAGCUCAUGCAGUGAGGCUGGGAGCAGUGCAUGCCAGGAGAAAGAAGCCCUCCCUGCCAGCCUCCAGCCUGGAUGGUUGCACUGAAACGCAUGGCAUCUGAACAUUACAGGAUCCAUAGCCACUGCUGCCACUCCCAACAACAUGCCACCAUUAAAUCACCAGACAGGACACCCUCUUGUGGGUGAAGAUUGGUCAACUCCAUGCCAAUGUGGGGCUCUGGUUCCCACCAAAAUGAGCUCCCUGGAAAAGACCAUAUUAGGGCCACAGUCAGAGGUACUUCUGCCUCUUGCCUUCCAUCCCAGUUAUUUUCAAGGGACAGAAGCUGGGGGUGGGGGAACUGAGCCACACAUCUCUCCAAGGCCACGCCUGGUGCACAGGCCUUACCUCAGGUGUGCUGACUUAGAUCCAGGUAACCAAUUAUGAGUGGAAACCGGCCUCUAGCUCAACUCUAGGCAGAGGAAGCAGCCCCCAGUGCCCAGCCCCUACCCCUCUCAUCAUGUACCAUGUAAAACCCUCUGAGGUCUUGAGACCCUUCGGCGUGUUUCCAUCCUCGCCCACAGAUUCCCAGCCCAUCUUCUGAGUAUUGUCUUUUUUUCUCAGCAUUAACACUACUAAGUCUUUCACCUUCAUUAUGACUCAGGAUUUAGUUCUGGCUUGCCCAAUCUAGGCUCACAGAAAUAGUCAAGUGCUAGACAGGCUGGCUGCUGUGGUGGCAGAGGCCUUGUGAACUAGUGGGGGCAGGGUGAGUGCUAUCUUCCCCUUGGGCCCUGGUAGUGCCUCUGCUGCUCCCUGCAUUGAGCCCUUUGGUGGUCAGUGGAGUGCCAAGUUUGGUCAUCUGUCCGCUGCUACAGUCACAGCCAGCUCAUGUCACUGUCUUGGCCUUCUUGUGAGCAGCCCUGGGCUGUAGGCAGACCAGAGCUCAGAGAUGCAGCAUGAGGCUCUUCUCAGAAACUCUGGCUAUUUGCUGCCUCUAAUUUCCUAUUGCUUUGGCAUUCUGGGCUAUGUAUUACCUCCUUGAAAUAAUAAAGGAAUAACAUUUUCUA